AUGCCGGCCCCUAUGCCCGCGAGUGUGCAGUCGAUCGCGCCGCCGCUGCCCGCCUUCCAGAACAUAAGCCCGCUGUUGAACACGCUGCAGCCGAAUUUGACGACGCCGCUGCAGAUCGCGACGGAUACGCCGAUUUUGGGACUCAGUCAAGUGGGCACACCAAUGGCCGCCGACCUAGCUCUCAACACGGGUCUGAGCCAGCAGGAAGCUCUGGCGAACCGCCUCCCGUUCGCGCAACCGGUGGACUCGUAUCCCAACGCCGAGAACAUACAGCGCAUGCUGCUCAAACAGAACAUCAUGAACCAACAGCAGAACCUGUCGGGGCCGAACCUGCUGGGGCUGCUCAACCAGCCCGCCUACCCGCAGCCCGAGCUCAUGUUGCACAACACGCUGCUCAACAACGCGCAGCCCGCGCUGACGCAGCGCCUGCCGCCCUACCCCGCCUACCAGCCCAUGCUCGCCUCCGCCAACGACCUCUACGCUCAACAGCAAGCUCUCCAGGCGGGCGCUUUACCCGGCUUAGCUCCAGGUCUUGCGCCGUCUUUGAAUCCAGGUCUAGUGGGGCUGGGGCUCGGCGCGCCUCUGCUGCCGCCGCUCGCGCUCAACCAGAACCUCAUUCAGAACCGGCAGAACCUCGGUCUCGCGGGGCAGAAGCUGGGUCUGGGCGGGCCGGCGCUGGCGCUGGGCGGCGCGGCGCUGGCGCUGGCGCCGCUCGGCACGCUGCAGCGCGCGCGCGCCUGCUCCGCGCAGCGCCGCAUACAGGACGACUUGCAAGGUGCGUUACACUGUGCCAGGUCUCGCGGGCCCUCGCUGGCGCUGGCGCCGCUCGGCACGCUGCAGCGCGCGCGCGCCUGCUCCGCGCAGCGCCGCAUACAGGACGACUUGCAAGGUGCGUUACACUGUGCCAGGUCUCGCGGGCCCUCGCUGGCGCUGGCGCCGCUCGGCACGCUGCAGCGCGCGCGCGCCUGCUCCGCGCAGCGCCGCAUACAGGACGACUUGCAAGGUGCGUUACACUGUGCCAGGUCUCGCGGGCCCUCGCUGGCGCUGGCGCCGCUCGGCACGCUGCAGCGCGCGCGCGCCUGCUCCGCGCAGCGCCGCAUACAGGACGACUUGCAAGGUGCGUUACACUGUGCCAGGUCUCGCGGGCCCUCGCUGGCGCUGGCGCCGCUCGGCACGCUGCAGCGCGCGCGCGCCUGCUCCGCGCAGCGCCGCAUACAGGACGACUUGCAAGGUGCGUUACACUGUGCCAGGUCUCGCGGGCCCUCGCUGGCGCUGGCGCCGCUCGGCACGCUGCAGCGCGCGCGCGCCUGCUCCGCGCAGCGCCGCAUACAGGACGACUUGCAAGGUGCGUUACACUGUGCCAGGUCUCGCGGGCCCUCGCUGGCGCUGGCGCCGCUCGGCACGCUGCAGCGCGCGCGCGCCUGCUCCGCGCAGCGCCGCAUACAGGACGACUUGCAAGGUGCGUUACACUGUGCCAGGUCUCGCGGGCCCUCGCUGGCGCUGGCGCCGCUCGGCACGCUGCAGCGCGCGCGCGCCUGCUCCGCGCAGCGCCGCAUACAGGACGACUUGCAAGGUGCGUUACACUGUGCCAGGUCUCGCGGGCCCUCGCUGGCGCUGGCGCCGCUCGGCACGCUGCAGCGCGCGCGCGCCUGCUCCGCGCAGCGCCGCAUACAGGACGACUUGCAAGGUGCGUUACACUGUGCCAGGUCUCGCGGGCCCUCGCUGGCGCUGGCGCCGCUCGGCACGCUGCAGCGCGCGCGCGCCUGCUCCGCGCAGCGCCGCAUACAGGACGACUUGCAAGGUGCGUUACACUGUGCCAGGUCUCGCGGGCCCUCGCUGGCGCUGGCGCCGCUCGGCACGCUGCAGCGCGCGCGCGCCUGCUCCGCGCAGCGCCGCAUACAGGACGACUUGCAAGGUGCGUUACACUGUGCCAGGUCUCGCGGGCCCUCGCUGGCGCUGGCGCCGCUCGGCACGCUGCAGCGCGCGCGCGCCUGCUCCGCGCAGCGCCGCAUACAGGACGACUUGCAAGGUGCGUUACACUGUGCCAGGUCUCGCGGGCCCUCGCUGGCGCUGGCGCCGCUCGGCACGCUGCAGCGCGCGCGCGCCUGCUCCGCGCAGCGCCGCAUACAGGACGACUUGCAAGGUGCGUUACACUGUGCCAGGUCUCGCGGGCCCUCGCUGGCGCUGGCGCCGCUCGGCACGCUGCAGCGCGCGCGCGCCUGCUCCGCGCAGCGCCGCAUACAGGACGACUUGCAAGGUGCGUUACACUGUGCCAGGUCUCGCGGGCCCUCGCUGGCGCUGGCGCCGCUCGGCACGCUGCAGCGCGCGCGCGCCUGCUCCGCGCAGCGCCGCAUACAGGACGACUUGCAAGGUGCGUUACACUGUGCCAGGUCUCGCGGGCCCUCGCUGGCGCUGGCGCCGCUCGGCACGCUGCAGCGCGCGCGCGCCUGCUCCGCGCAGCGCCGCAUACAGGACGACUUGCAAGGUGCGUUACACUGUGCCAGGUCUCGCGGGCCCUCGCUGGCGCUGGCGCCGCUCGGCACGCUGCAGCGCGCGCGCGCCUGCUCCGCGCAGCGCCGCAUACAGGACGACUUGCAAGGUGCGUUACACUGUGCCAGGUCUCGCGGGCCCUCGCUGGCGCUGGCGCCGCUCGGCACGCUGCAGCGCGCGCGCGCCUGCUCCGCGCAGCGCCGCAUACAGGACGACUUGCAAGGUGCGUUACACUGUGCCAGGUCUCGCGGGCCCUCGCUGGCGCUGGCGCCGCUCGGCACGCUGCAGCGCGCGCGCGCCUGCUCCGCGCAGCGCCGCAUACAGGACGACUUGCAAGGUGCGUUACACUGUGCCAGGUCUCGCGGGCCCUCGCUGGCGCUGGCGCCGCUCGGCACGCUGCAGCGCGCGCGCGCCUGCUCCGCGCAGCGCCGCAUACAGGACGACUUGCAAGGUGCGUUACACUGUGCCAGGUCUCGCGGGCCCUCGCUGGCGCUGGCGCCGCUCGGCACGCUGCAGCGCGCGCGCGCCUGCUCCGCGCAGCGCCGCAUACAGGACGACUUGCAAGGUGCGUUACACUGUGCCAGGUCUCGCGGGCCCUCGCUGGCGCUGGCGCCGCUCGGCACGCUGCAGCGCGCGCGCCUGCUCCGCGCAGCGCCGCAUACAGGACGACUUGCAAGGUGCGUUACACUGUGCCAGGUCUCGCGGGCCCUCGCUGGCGCUGGCGCCGCUCGGCACGCUGCAGCGCGCGCGCGCCUGCUCCGCGCAGCGCCGCAUACAGGACGACUUGCAAGGUGCGUUACACUGUGCCAGGUCUCGCGGGCCCUCGCUGGCGCUGGCGCCGCUCGGCACGCUGCAGCGCGCGCGCGCCUGCUCCGCGCAGCGCCGCAUACAGGACGACUUGCAAGGUGCGUUACACUGUGCCAGGUCUCGCGGGCCCUCGCUGGCGCUGGCGCCGCUCGGCACGCUGCAGCGCGCGCGCGCCUGCUCCGCGCAGCGCCGCAUACAGGACGACUUGCAAGGUGCGUUACACUGUGCCAGGUCUCGCGGGCCCUCGCUGGCGCUGGCGCCGCUCGGCACGCUGCAGCGCGCGCGCGCCUGCUCCGCGCAGCGCCGCAUACAGGACGACUUGCAAGGUGCGUUACACUGUGCCAGGUCUCGCGGGCCCUCGCUGGCGCUGGCGCCGCUCGGCACGCUGCAGCGCGCGCGCGCCUGCUCCGCGCAGCGCCGCAUACAGGACGACUUGCAAGGUGCGUUACACUGUGCCAGGUCUCGCGGGCCCUCGCUGGCGCUGGCGCCGCUCGGCACGCUGCAGCGCGCGCGCGCCUGCUCCGCGCAGCGCCGCAUACAGGACGACUUGCAAGGUGCGUUACACUGUGCCAGGUCUCGCGGGCCCUCGCUGGCGCUGGCGCCGCUCGGCACGCUGCAGCGCGCGCGCGCCUGCUCCGCGCAGCGCCGCAUACAGGACGACUUGCAAGGUGCGUUACACUGUGCCAGGUCUCGCGGGCCCUCGCUGGCGCUGGCGCCGCUCGGCACGCUGCAGCGCGCGCGCGCCUGCUCCGCGCAGCGCCGCAUACAGGACGACUUGCAAGGUGCGUUACACUGUGCCAGGUCUCGCGGGCCCUCGCUGGCGCUGGCGCCGCUCGGCACGCUGCAGCGCGCGCGCGCCUGCUCCGCGCAGCGCCGCAUACAGGACGACUUGCAAGGUGCGUUACACUGUGCCAGGUCUCGCGGGCCCUCGCUGGCGCUGGCGCCGCUCGGCACGCUGCAGCGCGCGCGCGCUGCUCCGCGCAGCGCCGCAUACAGGACGACUUGCAAGGUGCGUUACACUGUGCCAGGUCUCGCGGGCCCUCGCUGGCGCUGGCGCCGCUCGGCACGCUGCAGCGCGCGCGCGCCUGCUCCGCGCAGCGCCGCAUACAGGACGACUUGCAAGGUCUGGCGACAGGGUCGCAGGGCUCGUCGCAGCCCAGCACGCCCAACAAGCCGCACUCGUACAGCGAGUACAUGAUGACCUUGCAGCACAAGCUGGCCUCCAUCUCCAACAGCGGCCCGGUGUCACCGCAGUCUCCAGUGGAGUACAGCCCGGCCUUGUCGCCCACGCAUCGCUUGCAGCAGCCACACAAAGUGGAAGCGGGGGCGGGGGCGGAGCCGCACAAGCGGCACGUGGCGGGCCUGGCGGAGCUCGACCACGAGCUCAGCAAGAUCUCGCUGCACUACAAGCAGCCGCCGCCCAAGGACGCGUUUCCGGAGCACGGCGGCGACAGUCACUCGCUGCUCGCGGCCGCGGCGUAUGACGGCGGCGGCGCGGGCUGGGCGCGCGCGCGGGUGGCGCGCGUGGCGCCGUGCGCGCCCUACCAGCUGUGCCGCAUCCUGCAGCACGCGAAAGACAACCUCGCGAGCGGCUCAUUCACCGGCACAGAGGAGGGGGAUGCAGGCUCGCUGUGCUCGGAGACGGCGGCCGAGGCGGACGGCGAGGCCGACGCGGAGGGCGAGGAGUGCGCCACGUACGUGGUGACGGGCGGCGUGCGCGCUCACCGCCACCGUGCUGGACCGCACGCUGGCGCUGGACCUGGACCCCGCCUGCGCGCCGCUGCGGGCCCGGCCGCACACUCCCGCCGUCGAGCACGGCGGCUCGGCUAGCGACGAGCUGG